GGCCUGGACGACUGGUUCAGCCCGCGCUUGGAGGUCAUGGCCAUGGGCUGGCCCAGGGCGCCGCGCAUCUGCCGGCAGGUGGCGACCGCCUCCGCGCAGAAGGUAGGCUCCAACGUCGGGGCGGCAGUCUACGCGGGCGACGCUGGGGUGGCUCGCGCGCGCGAGGACCGCGUCGCAGUCACUGCCGACGCCGUCUACGCGCAGCUCCUCUCCGACGGGCUGGGCUGCAAGUCGAUCGAGCACGGUCCCGACGUCGCCCGCUUCGCGGGAUCGGACCACCGCCGAUCGCGAGGCAGGAUCUCGGCCGGCCGCGCCAGGCGCUGGAAGGUCAAGCUCGCGCUGGCCCGCGCGCUGGCGGUGGGGCGGGCCAGCGGCCCCGAGCUGCGCUCGCUGAUGGCGCGCAGCGCAUGGUGUGCCACCCCUCGCAGGCGCUCGCUCUCGCUGCCGCGCGUUUCCUACAAGUUCUUGGAGCGGGCUGGCGACGAGCGGAUCCCGCCCUGGGCCUCCGUCCGACGGGAGUUGGGCUGGACGGUGGCGCUGCUGCCGCUGGCCUGGGAGCGGUGGCGCUUCGCAGUCGCCGACGCCGCGCAGGCCCUCGCCUCCGCCCUCGGGGCCGCAGGCGCCAGGCCUGAGGCCUCGGCGCGUGCCGCGCUGGCCAGCGGCUGCGAGCGUAUCAUCGGCGACCUCGACCCCUGGCAGCUGCGCGCGAUGGGCUGGCGGCUCCGCGCGGAGGCUAUCACUUCGACGGGCGAGGCCGCUACUGUGGUUGCGGCCCAGCGCGCGCUUGGCUCACCUGAAGGCUGCCAUCUUCGCCGCGUCAACGUCGGCGACAGCGCCGCGGGCGAGAGCUGCCCGCAGGGCGCCGCUGGCCACGGGCGCGGAGCGCGAGUGGUGCCUGCAGGGCCGCCCGGCGCGCGCCGCAGCGGCUCGGCGGCGAUGCCGGAGUUCCUCAGCGAGCUGGACCAGCGGCUGGAGCUCCACGGCCUCUCUGCCAGGCCGCGCCCGAGCGCCCCCCUGGAUGCUGGCGCGCCGGGCCUCCUCGACCUCGGCGUGACCGAGUGGGUGACCGAGCAGUACCUGGAGGGAUUCGACCACUGGCGAGGGGCGAACCCGAUGGCAGCCCCGGCCGCGGCGCGGCAGGCGUUGAAGGCGCGGCGCAACCUGACCCUAGCAGCCAGACGCUUGCCGCUCCCAGCCGAGGUGGUGUUCGCCAUCGCAGUGGAGCUGAUGGCGGCCAAUCGCUGGGACAUGGCAAUGUGCGCGACGCUGCCACUCGCGUUCCUCACGCGGCCAGGCAACUGGGAGACC